AUGAGCUACAGGUGCAAGUACAAUGUCCAUGUUUUAAAUUUCUACAAUGGUUAAAGGUUAUCAGUAUUUAAUGGAAAAUUUUGUAUGGAUAAUUUAUGACCCCUGUCGCAAUAAUUAUGUUCAGAAUGAAUAAAUCAUGAAGUUUACGAACUACAACCGCCUUUGGAACCAAAUUACGGCCACAAAAAAGGCCGGUAAACAUUUCUCUACAUCUAUUAAAGAGUCAAAAGUGCACGUGAAUGGACAAACUAUUAACUAUGUGAAGGUUGGUGAGGGUCCCAAAAAUGUUCUUUGUUUUCCAGGGGCUCUGGGUACAAUUUGGAGCGACUUUAAGCCCCAAAUUGAGCAGCUGGAUAAGAAUAAAUUUACGGUGAUUGCGUGGGAUCCGCCUGGUUAUGGACACAGUAGACCACCAGAUAGACUGUUCAAUUUAGAUUUUUAUACCUCUGAUGCAGAGGUUGCAUAUAACUUCCUAAAGGAAAUAAAUGUGGAUAAGUUUUCUCUACUCGGCUGGAGUGAUGGAGGCAUAUCAAGCCUCAUAUUGGCUGCCAAAUACCCCAAAAAUGUUGACAAACUUGUUGUGUGGGGAGCAAAUGCUUAUGUUGUUCCCAAAGAUAUAGAGGCAUUUGAGAGUAUCAGGGACCUAAACAAAUGGUCAGAUAAAAUGAAGGCACCCCUAAUUCAAUUAUAUACUGAGAGGGGAUUGCAAAGCAUGUGGAAUAACUGGUGUGAUACUAUGAUUCAAAUUCAUGAGAGGGGUGGGGAUAUUUGCAAGUCUUGCCUUGCCAAGAUUGAAAGUGAUACUUUAAUUUUGCAUGGCGAUCAAGAUCCGAUGGUGCUCAAUGAGCACCCUGAGUACCUGCUUAAUCAUAUUAAAAAUGCAAAGUUGCACAGGUAUCCAGAUGGCAAACACAACAUCCACCUCAAGUAUGCAAAAGACUUCAACAAGAUUGUUUCAGACUUUAUUGUAUCAAAUUAAAAUGUUAUAAAUAGAAAGUAUAUCUUAUCCAUUCAG